AUGGAAGAUGCAGCUGAUCAUCAUCAUCUACGGUGUAACGAUAACAUUAACGACGUAGAGAAAUUGCCGUUAGAGUUUAUGACCGGAAAACCAACAUCGAGUGUGGAGCUACAGCCGCCGGCGAUACCACCGCCAUUCUUGGUGAAGACAUACAAGGUGGUUGAGGAUCCGACAACGGACGAGGUUAUAUCUUGGAACGGAGACGGAACCGGUUUUGUCGUGUGGCAGCCGGCGGAAUUCGCUAGAGAUCUCUUACCAACACUUUUCAAGCAUUGCAACUUCUCUAGCUUCGUUCGACAGCUCAAUACUUACGGGUUUCGGAAAGUAACGACGAUAAGAUGGGAAUUUAGUAACGAGAUGUUUCGAAAGGGACAAAGAGAGCUUAUGUGCAAUAUACGAAGAAGGAAGAAUUGGUCACACUCGCACUCACACCAAAAGUCUCAUCAUCAGGUUGUACCAACAACAACGACGGUGAAGCCAGAAGAUCAUCAUCAACGGCUUGGGAUUGAUCAUCACCAUGAGGAUCAACGUUCUUCCUCCACUUCUUCCUCCUUUAUAUACUCUGCAUUACUCGACGAAAACAAGUGCUUGAAGAAUGAAAACGAGUUCUUGAGUUCAGAACUCGGUAAUACCAAGAAGAAAUGCAAACAGCUUAUGGAGUUGGUGGAUAGAUACAGAGGAGAAGACGAAACCGAUGAUGACGAUAAUAAUGAAGAAGAUGAAGGGCUUAAGUUGUUUGGAGUGAAACUGGAGUGAGUUACAGAUCGUUUGAUUGAUUUGACUUGCCAGCUGCUUCGGAAUCUUACUAGUUUGCAUAGA